CUCAGGUACGAUGACGCACCAACCUAUUAACCUCAGUUCUUUACUCACUGUCUCCUCUCGGGGACGUGGUGCUACCAAUAGGGUAGCAUCAACUGGCGCCCCUCCCCCACGUUCACGUCGCAAUAGGGGAGGAUCUGCGAGAUCGUCAUCUUCUCCACGGGAAGAUAAUCCUGUUGAGACUACCAAUGCUCAUCGGGACAAACGUCCCAGGAGCGAAGAAACUGGGGACGCUCUUAACCAAACCACUUCUGUAGUCCAACAACCCCCUUCUUCGAGUACUCCAGUGCUUCCUGAAAGCUGGACCCCUAAUCUCAUUAGGGGUGAUCGGCCUGUUCACAUAGGGGACAGUGCUAGCUCUUCGGAGACAGCACUCGCCCUUGCCCAAGGUCUACUUCUUCCUGUAGACAUGCAGAAGGAGUCCGAAGCUACACCUGAUCGGCUUGUCUCCACUGGUCUCGUCAGUGGUAUCAAGUUCAUUCAAAAGAUGGUCACAUUGGGCCAAAAGUUUGAAGAUGCUGAUAAUGAGAGGAUCACAUUGCUGAACAACAAUACCAGACUGCUUCGUACGAUUACUAGACUUGAAAGGGAAAGAGACAAAGCCAAAGCAGACUUCGUCGAGGCCAAAGACAAGCUUGGAGCUGCUGAGGACAGCCUCAACCAUGCUUUGGUUGAGAUUGAGCAGACCAAAAAGGCUGCUUUUGAAGAUGGUUAUCAAAAGGGCUUCGACGCUACAACGGCUAGUUACGUAGAGCAGAUGCCGAUCAUCCAGGAUGAAAUCUGGGCUGCUUGUUGGGAAGCAUGCCUCACAAAGGUAGGUGUUGCAGAAGACUCUCCCCUAUGGGUUGAGAACGAUCUACCGAGCCGCCGAGUUACAGCUCCAACUGAUGAUGUCGAUCAACAGAUUGACGAUUUUGAAGAUGUUGAUGAAGAAAUACAGGUUGAAUCUCAAAAUGAUGUUGAGCAGUCAUCUGUUCGGGAAGUAACCACUGAAACUGUUGUCCCAGAAGAGACUGCAACUGCUGCUGGUAAUCCUGACGUCCAACCAGAAAUUCAGAACCUAGAUUGAUAAAUAAGUAUUUUGUGUUUCUCUAACAAUAUGGCUGGUCCUGCGUGACCACGGUAAUUUAACCCUGCGUGGUACCAGUACUUUCUUUUGGUAAUACUCUGGAUAAUAUAGGUAUUCGGCCCUUUGUGGCACUUGCUCGGCUCU